AUGUCGCACCGCAAGUUUGAGCGGCCACGUCAUGGCUCCCUGGGCUUUCUGCCCCGAAAGCGAACGAGGCACCACCAUGGCAAGAUCAAGAGCUUCCCAAAGGACGACCAGUCCAAGGACCCGCACCUCACAGCCUUCAUGAGCUACAAGGCAGGCAUGACACAUAUCGUCCGGGAAGUUGACCGGCCUGGAUCCAAGCUGCACAAGAAGGAGAUUGUGGAGCCUGUGAGCAUUGUGGAGAGCCCUCCAAUGAUUGUGGUAGGCUUUGUCGGCUAUGUGGAGACACCUCGCGGCCUGCGUGCUCUCACCUCUGUUUGGGCAGGGCACCUCUCCGAGGAGUGCAAGCGUCGUUUUUACAAGACCUGGCACACUUCCAAGCAGAAGGCUUUCACCAAGUACCAGAAACGCUGGGAAGAGGCAGGCAAGGAUGGCACCCCCAUGGCUGCCGAGGUUGAGCGGGCCAAAAAGUACUGCCAGGUGAUCCGGGCCAUCUGCCAUACGCAGGUGGGCAAGGUCCGAAUCGGCCAAAAGAAGGCGCACAUCAAGGAGAUCCAGGUGAACGGCGGCACCACAGAGGCCAAGGUGGACUUUGUCAUGGGACUCUUUGAGAAGGAGGUAAAGGUGGCCGAUGUCUUCAGCCAGGAUGAGAUGGUCGACGUGAUCGGCGCUACGAAAGGCAAAGGCUUCAACGGCGUGGUGACACGCUGGGGUGUCACACGCCUCACUCGAAAGACGCACCGUGGAUUGCGGAAGGUAGCAUGCAUCGGCUCGUGGCACCCCGCCCGUGUUGCCUUCCAGGUACCCCGCUCAGGCCAGCGCGGGUAUCACCACCGGACUGAAAUCAACAAGAAGAUCUACCGAGUGGGAAAAGCCCUCAAGGACGAUGCCAACAACGCAAGCACGGAGAAUGAUCUUACGGAGAAACCCAUUACUCCAAUGGGCGGCUUCUCCCACUAUGGUGAGGUGCGGGAGGAUUGGAUCAUGCUCAAGGGCACGGUCAUGGGCCCGCGCAAGCGCCUGGUCACACUGCGCAAGUCCCUGCUGCCGCAGGUCACCCGAAAGGCGCUGGAAAAGGUGACGCUGAAGUUCAUUGAUACCUCCUCCAAGUUCGGCCAUGGCCGCUUCCAGACCAGCGAGGAGAAGAGCAAGUUCUAUGGCGGGGUGCAGAAGAAGGCCAAGACAGAGGCGAAGACCGAAGAGAGCUGA